GCAGCUGGGCGAGGACAACAGACCGCCGACAAUCGACUUCGCUGAUUUCGCGAAGCUCCUCUCUCGCUGCGAAAAUGGGGUUGGAGCGGGGCCAUCAGGAAUGACUUUCGAGCAUCUUCGCGAUGCCUCGCUCACCAACCCCUCAGUCGCCAGGCACCUCCACGAGCUCGACCAGAUCUGCCGCACGAGGUCAGCGAGCUCCUAACCUCCUCACGCCUCCUGGCACUCACCAAACCAGAUGGAGGUACUCGCCCCAUCGCUAUCGGCGAGUGCCUGCAUCGACUGGCGGCUAAAUCCGCACUCAACACAACCGGCACAAGUCUAUUUCCUCCCACACCAAUUCGGGGCGGCAGUCAGGGGUGGAGGAGAGAUAAUCAUCCACGCCACCAGGGGCUUCACCUCCGCGCGCCCGGGAUCGCUGAUCCUGCAGGUCGAUCUCUCAAACGGGUUCAACAAUGUUGACUGUGGGGCUAUCAUUUACGCCAUCAAUCACUCACCCCUGCGCCCCCUUCUACCGUUCAUACAAUUCUCGUAUGGGGCACCGUCCCUGUUUUACCUCUUUGCGGCUGCCAUCCACCCUGCGCUCCAGGCCACCGCGGCAGCCCACCCCGGGGUCCUCUGCCUCGCCUACGCAGACGAUGUGACCUUCGUAGGCGACCCCGGUGCCUGCACCUCGGCGUUCCUAGACUUCACGGCCGCCAUGGAACGCAUCGGCCUCUCCGACAACCCCGCAAAAUGCGUGGCAUGGUCCGCCGAGCGCCCCGCGGGCCGCGCCUGACUGCCUUCCGCCAGACAUACCCUUCAACGUGCUGGGCAGUUUCAUAGGCACACCAGAAGGCACAGCAGGUUUCCUCCGCACCCAGCUGGCCGUGCUCGCCGAACCCCUCGCCACACUGGCCACGAUGGACCCCCAGUCCUCCUCCCUCCUCCUCACACGCUGCGUGUCCAGGCGUGUCUCGUACCUAACCCGCACCACCCCCCUGGAUUUCCUGCCCCUGGAGGCUUGGUCCGAGUGGGGCAGGGAGCUAUUUCACACCCUACUACGCGCCUGCAACCUCUAGCCACCUCGGGGUGAGUCGGAGCGGGCGCGUAUUUGGGCCCAGGCAUCUCUCCCUCUCUCUCUCGGAGGGCUGGGCCUCACCGAUCCAGCGAUUGAAGGGCAUCCGGCUUUUCUCACUAGCGUCACCCAAGCUCAGGCCUCCUAGCUGCCCUCCCAGCGGCGACCAGAGGGCCCCUGGCCGACUCGGUACGCCACCUCACACCACCCUUUACCAGCCCCACCCACCUGCAUACCUGGCUGGCGAGGUGUGAAUCGGCGCUGCCCCGGCGGGUCUUGGAGCUUCUACAAUCCGAGCGAGGUGAACCCUCGGGCUCCCCUCUCCAACACCGCUUGUCCCUCGAGGUUCAGGCCAUGCGAUACGCCGACCAAGUGGCAGCAUCGCGGGCAAUGGACCCAAACCCAUACUCCGGCCACACGCAACGCCUCUUCUCCCUGGCCGGGUACGGAGCAGGAGACUGGAUCCAUGCCAUUCCCAUCCUCCCCUCCCUCCGCCUCGAAGCCCCACACUUCGCCAUUGCCCUGGCCUUCCGCUUCGGCCUUCCGUUCCCAGCCCCCCGCAACUGCAACUGCGCCGAGGAAUUCGAAAUCCUUGACACACGGCUGCCCAAUCACCUCUUUCGGUGUGGCACUGGGCACGGGCGGACAGACACCCAUGAUGCCCUGCGGGAUGAGAGCAUCUGGAUGGCCCGGGAUGCUGACUUCAUAGUCACUAAGGAGACAACCAUCUACAGCCCUGUCGACGGCCACAAGGCCGACCUCGCAAUUCGCGACCGCAGCUCCGGCGCCGUCUGGAUCUGCGACGUCACCGUCACAGACCCCAUCAGCAGCCGGGACCCGGAUGCACGGACAGGACGAGGAUACAUGGCCCGAGAGCAAGCUGACAAGAAGAUCUACCACUACCGCAACCGGGCUCCCUAUGUUGGUUUCUUCCCACUGGCGGUCGAGACAUACGGCUGCCCCUGCGCCGAAGUCCCUACCUUCCUGAAGUUGCUGGCGGACACAGGGGCCAGGAGGCUCUUCAAUGCGGACCCCAGCUCCUACCAAGCAGCAAAACUGCUCCAUCAGUUCCGCCAGCGCUGGUCCGUGACGCUCCAGCGGGCGCAGGCCUUGGCUUACCUGGGCAAAGUUAACGAAGCCUCCCCUGCCCCCCACACCCCCGUGGAUACCCCCGACGCCGACAUGGCUCUAGGGGACUGCUUUGCCGUGGCAGAGCCCCUAGGGGAGCUCGAGUAGGCUUGGGCCCCUUAAACAUGCACGUACCUUGUCUCGUUGCCUUCUGCCUGCCUAGCCUGUACCCAGGUUCCAAGCGAUAAACGGACCGCUUGAGAGAGAGAGGAGUGUGGGGCACAUGGAUGCACGGAUAAAUGCACACCUUUUUGUGUCUUUUUUCAUGUCUGUGCUGGUGCUGGUGGUGUGUGUGUGUGUGUGUGUGUGUGUGUGCGUGUGUGUGUGUGUGUGUGUGUGCACACGGGUGUGUCCAUGUGCAUGUAUGUGUGGGAGUACGUGCGUGCGUGUGUGUGCAUGUGCGCAUGUGCAUGUGCGUGUGUGAGCACAUGCACGAGUCGCAGCUGGAGUCGCAGGAGUUGAAGCAGCAGGUGCAGCCACACGCCUCGCAUCUCCUUGUGCUCUCCACCAUCUCUGCCUCCUCGCCCUCCGCACCCCUGCCGCCCAAUCCUUUGGACCUCAGCAACAGCCCCCCGCACCCUGCAGCACAGGCACCAGCCCACCCUGCCAGCACUGCUGCUGCCGCCAUGCAAGCAGCAGGGGACCCUGCACUGGCAGGUGCCACAGCAGGAGCAGGAGCAGCAGCAGUGGGGGCAGGCAGUGCUGCAGACGUGGCAACAGCUGCAGCAAAAUCAUCAGCAGCGUCCGGAAACCGCGUCUCCUCUUCAGCCCAGCCCCAUGUGCUCCCUCACUCACUCCCCUCCCUGCCACCGUACCCUUCCCUCCCUUCCACACUCCCCCACUCCACCUUCCACUCCUCUUCAGCCUCUCCUUAUGAGUCGACUCAGCAAUCCCCUUCAGCCUCUCCCCACACCCCACCCCUCCCCAGCAGACCCACUCCUCCUCCCACUCUUCCCCUACCCCAGUCCAUCCC